GCUGUAACCCAACCUAUUGCGGUCGGUAGGCAGACGUACAGGCAGAUUUGCUCGGGGCCGAAUUAACUAGGCGAGCAUGUAGGCCAAUCGCGGUUGACGCAUUGUGGCUGUGAAAGUUGAUGAAAAGCAGAGAAAACCAGCCGAUCGCAUCCUUUAAGCUUUGAUUUUCCACCUCAACAACAAAAUCGAAUACAGUCAUCACAGCCCAUCAUAUGGAUCCACUUAGCGUGACAGCGGCAGUGGCAGGCAUUCUGAAGGCAGCACAGGAAAUUGUAAAAUUGUUGAGGCCGUACGUCUCAGCUUCUGAGCGAACGCCGCCUAUCGUGGCAUACGUACGCGAUGAGGCGGAGAGCACCCGAACGGUGCUGAUCGGACUCCAGACGCUCGUGCAAGUACUGCCCGGCAGAUUUUCCCUGGGGGGAGCGUUCAUAACUAUCAGCCAAGUUGUGGCAAUCUUGACAAGCGGGGUACUGCUAUUUGGCGAGCUCGAGGGUGCUGUCCGAGGUUUGGUCGCAGCACCAUCUGCGUUACAUCCCGAGCAUCUUAGCGUUCGUCGGUUCUCAUUGACACAAGAUCGCCUGCCGCUAUCGGCGAAUAUCCGAUGGACACAGAAGGAAGCGUCGUUAAAAGUGUUGCUUGAGCGGUUGAAGGGAUUCAAGGUGUCAGUAACGGCGGUUUUGACGCUGUUGCAGUGCGAUUCAAACAAUCGUGCCGAGCAGUUGCAGUUGGAACUAGUUGCAAAUGUUGAAGGCCUACUGCAUAGCAAUCGUGAGCUGUCGCGGCGUAUGAUGCACCUCGAAGAUGCAUUCAACACGGCAACGAUUCGACCCCGCUCGACGCGGACUAUCGAGUCAGUGUUGACGCUACAAACGGAGAACACAAUGCCAGCUGUAGAGGCUCAGAGUUCAUUGGCGUUCUUUCUACCUGAGAGCGCUACUCCUCUCUCUUUUCAUGAUACUCAACCGGGGUCAGAAUUUGAAAAGGAUCUUAAGUCAUCACGCGUGUAUCGCCAGGUACGGCGUGAAACGAUGGACUUUUCCUUUCGCAGUUCUGUCGCACGCACACACGCCUGGUCCCUGCUUUCAAGCUAUAGUCUGGCCGAUUUAUCCGUACUCUCAGUCAUUGCUCUACCCCUGGAUCUAGAAGAAGUGACAAAUAGCCAUCACUACAUCGAUAUCUCCGAACAGCCGCUUGCUUCUCCCAUUGAAGAGGAACCCUUCCCUAGAACACAUGAGUCAUCGCUCAUAGAGAAGAAUUCGGUUUUCCACGAAUGCGUCAAAAUCUACCUCCAGCUGGUGCAAAUCUCUGGGUUCCAGAAGCUAUUUGACUCAGAGCGUCAAUUGCAGGUAGAGGGAGGCAUAUAUACAAGCGCAGUUGAACAGGGAGUUGACAACGAAUGGAUAUUGCAGCUGGAUUUAUUCAGAGCUCUGAAGAGUAUCUUCCACUCAGAUGCGGCCUAUGGGUUGCUUGCAGACGAACUUGGCUGGAGUCUAGACCAACCCUAUCUCCGCAAUCUCAGCUCUACCUUGCCAUUAGCAACAGGAAUGCGCAUAUCCGCAUUCUGGAACCUAUAUAAAAGCUCAGAAUUCAGAUCGCAUCCUCGAAACAACUUCAAUCUUCACUACGAAAUCGGAGACAGCAAUGUCAGUUUUCUCAAUGUACUUUCCUGUAUCAGCAAAAUCCUUGAUCGUCUUGCUAGUGAUCGGGCGAUGGAUAUUCUCAGCGACAAUGAUAUUAAUACGAUCUUGUACCCGAUACAGCCUUCUAUGCUCCAGAUUGAAACUUACGAGCCCGCUCUCAACAAGCUCGUGGCAGCAGUGCGGAGUUCGGUCCGAGAUUUACACCGUUUAAUCAACGCCGUGGAUAGGCCAGAGAAUUUAGCCUCAAGGCCAUCCCUUCGACGAACUCUGCGUGAAACAAGCACUUUUUUGUCAUUUUAUACAAGUUCACAAAUUGAGCUUCUCAUCACUUUUGAGAAGAUGCUACUGGCCCCUAAUACAAGUCACCGCCUCUGGGCCAGCGCUGUUCGCCAAUGGUGUGCUACAGCUGAGUCACACUACAAACUAGCCAUUACCAGUGGAAUUUGGAGUGGCUACAGCUAUCUGCAAACUAAGUUUUUAAGGGCACCCAAUAAUACUAGACAGUUUGACACUGCGGAAGCGCAAGGAGAUGUGUUCGCUGGUGGCCCGUGGUAUUACUCGACUAUCAAAGAAGACCUAGAAUUUACAUUUCCGAGGAUAGCUGAGUUAUUCCAGGAUCUCCUAAGCAUUGCUAUAGACGAUUCGUAUGAAACAGCGGCCUUUCCAAUGACCCAAAAAACGAAAUGCUUACGACUCAUCGAGGAUACCAGUCUCGUCUUAAUCAAAUGGCUCGAGCAGAUGGAACAAUAUGAGCUAUAUAAGACCUUGAAUACGAUGAUCCCAGGUUUUGCAGACUGGCGCUACUUUGGCUUCCUUGUUCAGUCUGAAGAAUUAGAGGUUCAAGUGAGCAACAAGAAUGACAAUAUCCCAAAAAUGGUCCAAGUCUGCUUAUUUGAAAAGGCUCUCUUUUGCCUCGAAUAUGAAUCGCCGGCCUCUGGUAGGGGAAAAUUAUCAUAUAGGGCUGCAAUAUCCCCUAUGUAUCGGCUGACGAGCCGCGUAUAUCUCUCAAAUGACCAUAUAAGGUCGAGUUCUUGGAUUGCAAGGAACGCGUACGCUAUUGCAUCAAACUUUUGGACUCGUGGCAAAUGGCGCGAUGGCAUGACGCUUUGAGGAAAUUAACGCAAAAUGCGUCACAGUUUGCUGAAAUAGUUUCACUAAAUCAAUUGCAGCAGAUACUUCACCGCAUGAGAUAGGCUGUUAGAAGUAUGUGUUCCUUGAUCGAUUAGACUAUAGGUAUAUAGCACCUAGGUAUCGGGUAGGUUGAAUACAGGGGCAAGGGUUCAAUAUUACUAGUUUU